CCCCGGCCUCGCACCAUGGACAUUCUGGAGACAGACGCCCGCUACCCCCAGAAGUUUGCAGCUGAUGCCAAGAGCCGCCUCCUCAAGCUGCUGCCGUUCCUGGCCUCCUGCGCCCUGUACUUCGCCCUGCGGCUGCCUGAGCCCAGCUGGGUCAGCGCCGGCGUCAAGAGCCUCCCGGUCCUGAGCCUGGUCUUCUUCCUGACGGCCCAGGCCUGGGGUGAUGGCGCCUGGACCCCGGCCGCCUGCCGGGUCUGCUGGGGGCUGAUGUUCUCCAGCCUGGGAGACACCUGCCUGGUUUGGCCGCACCUAUUCCUCCCAGGCAUGGUGGCCUUCGCUCUGGCUCACGUCUGCUACAUCUGGGCCCUGGGCCUGCGUCCCGUCCGCCCCUGGCUCCUGCUGCUGCUGGCGCUGGCCUGGGCGGGGGCCUACGCGACGCUGUGGCCCUGCCUGGGGGGCCCCUACGUGCCGGCCGUGGGGGGCUACGGGGCGCUGCUGGCGGCCGUGGCCUGGCGGGCCUUGGCCCGGCCUCCCCCACACCUGGCCGUGGCCACCGGCUCCCUGCUCUUCAUGGCCUCCGACCUGGUCCUGGCCAGGAAUCGCUUCUGCGCCCCGGUGCCCCAGGCCCGGCUCAUCGUCAUGGGCACCUACUACGCGGCCCAGGGGCUGAUCGCAGCCUGGGCCCCCCGCGCCAGCCCCCGCUGGAAGGAGAGCUGAGCCGGGCGCCCGCGACCUCUGACCCCAGGGGGAUCCGGCAGGUGCACCCGUGACCUCUGACCCCAUCAGAGCCAACCUGCUGGUGACCCUGGUGACCUCUGACCCCAUCCGCGCCAGCCCGCCAGUGACCCCAGCGACCUCUGACCCCGGGGCCAACGAGAGCCAGCUGCCCUAGGUGUUGGUUCCUUGACCUGUGACCCGAGGGCCUAGGCGCGCCAACCUUCCCAACCAAUGACCUGCAAGUAAUUGUCUUGACCUUUGACCCUGCUUAUUUGCCAGCAGGCCCAAUUACAGCUUAU